CUAAAAUCCAUCUCUUAUUCAAGAUUGAAUAAGGAGAGAAUUUUAGCCUCUCUAAUUCUCUCCGGGUUUUAGACUUCCAAACUAGCUCUAAGGUAUUUCAUUUAUUAUGCGCUGUUUAAAUAGGAUAAUUAAGCGAGUGCUAUGAGAAUUGAGAUGUUGUUUUGGCGGCGACGACAAAGGGCUAAAAAACAAUCUUGCCGCUCCAACCAAUUCGUCUUGGUUGCCGACACGGCACCUCGUCGGAAUCAGGUGGCGCGACCUCCUCGCCGGCCGGCGCGACACCACCAUGGGCCCGGAAGCAGUGCGGAAAAGCCUGGAGCCCACCGCAACCGCCGAGGAAAUCACUGGCUCCACCCCUGCGCGGCUCCACUUCUACGACCCCUUCGUCCUCAGCGGCGUCCGUAUCGAAGCCGCCGAGCACGGCCGCCUCCUCUGCUCUUUCGUCGUCACCCCUCGCCUCGCGAGUCCCGUGGGAUACCUCCGCAGCGGUGUCACAGCGACGCUCGCCGACCAGCUGGGAUCGGCUGUGUUCUUCUGCAGUGGGAUCCCCAGCAGCGGGGUCUCCAUCGAGAUCAGCGUCUCCUUUGUCGACUCGGCUGCCGUCGGGGAGGAAAUAGAGGUUGAGGGAAAGUUAUUACGUGCUGGAAAAUCAGUCGGUGUCGUCUCCGUAGAUUUCAGGAAGAAAAAGACAGGGAAAUUGAUGGCACAGGCCCGUCACACCAAGUAUCUUGUGGCAUCAAGCAAACUGUGAGGCGCUCCCCUUUUGUUAACAAGAUAUCAACAUCAAUUGCGCCCAGACUCUCCAUACUGGUGCCAUUAUUAGUAGUCAGCAAUCAUGAAAUGUUUGUGGCAUAUCUUUUUUUUUCAAAAAAAUUCCUGUAUAUAUUAUAUAUAUGAAAUUCAAGUAAGUAUCAUUGGUGCCUCUGAUGCAUAUCGGUCUAGUCAUGUUACUUUCACUUGACAGCCAUGAUCAGAUUAUAUAUGUUUUCAAAGAAGGCACCGGGUUGUAAGUAACUUCGCAGGAAACUUUCAGUUAUUGUUGGCUCAGUCUGCCACCAUCUUGGGAGAUUCUCUCCGUUAACAAAAGGAAUUGAUCGUUGCUGCAUCA